CAAUUGCUUGACUUAGGUUGACUAGGCACUAUAUAAUUGUUGCAUAAUCUCAUCUUCAUUUCACAACUUCAUCUCAUCUUAUACUCUUUCUCUACCUCAUAUACAUUUGAUUGCUCUUCUUUUCAACCAACAAUUUCAAAAAUGAUGAAAGUAGUGUUGAAAGUGGAUUUAUAUGAUGACAGAACCAAGCAAAAAGCCAUGAAGACUGUAUCUGGCAUUUCUGGGGUAGAAUCGGUUUCUGUGGACAUGAAAGAUAAGAAAUUAACCUUAACAGGAGACAUUGAUUCAGUACAUGUAGUGAGCAAACUAAGGAAGUGGUGUCAUACUGAUAUAAUCUCUGUUGGUCCUGCAAAAGAGGAGAAGAAGAAGGAAGAACCUAAGCCGGACGUGAAGAAGGAUCAAAUUCAAUUAAUUGAAACUUAUCCCCUUUAUUAUCAAAUGCCACAACCACAAUUUAUUCAAUAUUCUUCUGUUGCAAGAUUUGAGCAGGAUCCUAUUGGAUGUGUCAUUUGCUGAUUUCCAAUAUACCAUUGUCUUUUCUUUUUAAUUAAGGAUUUUUUUUUCUCAGAUGUUUUAGUGAUUUUAAAAUAACCAUAUGUAACAUGUUAGAAUCAAAUGGAAGUUAUGAAUGGUGUUCAAUUGUGCAAA